UGGAAGACCUGAAGACAGAAAACACAGUUCAGUCUGUUCGACUUAACUUGAUGGAGUCCAGACUGACAGACAGCCACAACAACACUGGAGCCCUGGAGGUCAGACUGAGAUCCACUGAGUCCCAGCUGGAGGACCUGCAGGCAGAAAUCACAGUUUUGAGCUUCAGACUGAAUGAAGCUGAUGAUCGUCUCACCAACUCAGAUGAGCUGAAGGUGGCGUUCUCAGCCGGUCUGACCGAUUCAGGAUCAGUGGGACCGUUUGACGAGGAGACGACUCUGAUCUUCUCCAAAACCAUCACCAACAUCGGCCGAGCCUACAACCAGACCGCAGGUGUGUUCACAGCCCCCGUCAGAGGACUCUACUUCUUCAGCUUCACGGCUGCAGAUUAUCUGAAAGGCUACAUGGGUCUCUACCUGUACAGGAACAACCGGCCGAUCGUCUUCAACCUGGACCUGAACGACCACGGCGGCUACGCCUCCACGUCCAACGGAGUGGCUCUGCAGCUGGAGGAGGGCGACAGAGUCCGGCUCAGUCUGCCGGCCAGCUACCGCCUCUAUGACGACUCCCGAAACUUCAGCGUUUUCUCUGGUUUCCUGCUGUUCCCCCUCUGACAGGAAGUCCCGGGAUCACGGUACGAGCGAGACAUCGUCUCAGCAGAAAACUGUCCUCUCAGUUAUCAGACUGGAACUGAGAGAAUGGACUUUUGUUUGGUUUCAACCAGGAUGAAUGAAAG